UUUACACCGGGAGGCUCUGCUGGGCUUUACGUCAAAGAAACGGCGGCAGCGUGUGUUAGAGGAGAGACGUUUUUCUUGGGGAAAUCCUCAUCAGCGUUGUCGCUCUCAGUUUCAGCCAUGGACAGUUCACUCUGACAAAGACGCACUGAUCUUCGGUCAGGAUUUAAACUUAGAAUACCUGUUUGAACUCUGACUUGGACAAGAGGAAACCUGGACACAAAACCAGCAGAGACCCCCCGUGAGUGAUUGAGAUUCACCCCAGUCAAAGACCAACUAGGCCAUGCUCACACAAUGACCACUACAAUGGUUCGGUCUGUAAUGUUGACAGUCCUGAUUCAUAUUUUCCUGGUGUCCCUUGGUGCUCAGUGUCUGGAACCUGAGGUGGGAGCCUCUCUCCAGGCAGGUGCCCUGGACCUCCCAUGGCAGGAUGAGCUGUGCUGUGACUCACCUUCAACCCACCUUAAUGAGGAGGGAGGCGGCAUGGAUACACCGGAGACAAACCGCUCUGAAUCAAACCUCCCACACCAUCCCCACUGCAGCUUCAGGAGGUCGACAACCACACCACAUCCUCAUGAGCCUUCAGGUGGCACCUGUUUGGACAUACUGUGCAGAAUUGAUGAAAACUGGGAAAAAUUAACUUGUGAUCUUCAGUCUCACGGCCAACCAUCAGCCACCCUGGAUGCUGGUCUUAUGUCGGUCAGCUUACAGCGUCUGUUGUCCCAGGAUUCACAGGUGAACAGUGGGAAUAGUGUGUCUGAUAAUCCUGUUGUCUGUGAAGGGGAGGAUUCCUUCACGUGUUCAGUUUCUCUUCACUGUACAACAAGCUUUGUCACCGUGGUAACUGUCAGCAUCUCCAACGCCAUAACUCCGCCGGUCCAGCUCAGAAUUCCUGCCCGGCCUGUGAAACCGAGUCCUCCAGCCAACCUUUCACAUAUUCAGACCAUCGAGGCAGAGCUGAUUUUGCACUGGGAGGACUCAUCAGACUUUGAUACUGGCCAGCUGAGAUAUGAGGUCCGAUACUCCUUUAACACCACUCAUCCAGACUGGCAGGUGGUGUCUGCACCUGGAGAACCCAGGCUGUCUCUAAAUCUGAAGCCCAGACAAAACUAUACCAUCCAGGUUCGCUGCUCAAGCCUGGAUGAGCCUCCGCUGUGGAGCGACUGGAGUGAAAGUCAUCACAUCUACCUGGACACGGUGAGCUACAUCCCUGAGAAAGUGGUGGCACGACCGGGGGAGAACGUAACAGUGUAUUGUGUGUUCAACGACCACAGCAUCAACGCCAGCACGGCCAUGUGGAUGCUCAACUUCCAACAGCCGCUCCAUCGCAGCCAGUACCACCCAGUCAACCAAUGGGUCAGCCAGAUCACUGUGCGUCCUUCAGAGACUCGGAUGUAUGACCUCCUGCAGUGUACUCAGGAGUGGACCAUCCCUUACAGCCAGAUCUAUGUAGAGGGAGCUUCCAUUGAUAUAAACUGUGAAACCAACGGUGACAUCGAUGCUAUGGACUGCAGCUGGAAGAACACACAGUGGACUAAACCCAUAUUUCAAUACAGAUGGGCUGACCUGCCAUGCGAUGUGAUGGAAGAGAGGGAGAGAGUGGGUGAGAAAGUGGGUGAGAUGGGGCCUGCUUGCCUGCAAGUCAGAUCCAGGAAGAAAACCUGCACCAUCCAGCCUCUGAGGAUGAACUGCUACAAGCUGUGGCUGGAGGUGCCGUCCAGGCUGGGUCCUAUCAAGUCCAAGGCCGUCUACCUGUCACCCAUAGAUCACGUGAAACCCCACACACCCACUAAUGUGAAGGCAGAGACCCGGAGCAGUGGGGUCCUGAGGGUCACUUGGGAGCCACCGUCCCUGCCAGUCGAGGGGCUUCAGUGUCAGUUUCACUACUACUCGCCGUCCACGGUGAGAGCCCAGCCAGAGUGGAAGGUCCAGAGUCCAGUGCGGGUCCCUUGGGCAGAAGUUGUGGUGCCGGACAUGUGCCGGGUGUACGUCGUGCAAGUGCGCUGCAUGCACACCAACGGCACCGGCUACUGGAGCGAGUGGAGUGACUCUGUCUACUCCAGUCCACAAAAUAGCAGAGCUCCUGAGCGUGGCCCUGAUUUCUGGAGAAUUCUUCAAGGUGAUCCAUACCGAAACCAGACGAAUGUCACACUGCUGUUUGAGGAUCUCCCAAAAUCGGGGCAGUCCUACUGUGUGGAUGGAUUUAUUGUUCAGCACCAGUCCCUGAGUGGCACUGUGGUGAGUGACAGGAUUGAGCUGGUGUCCUCCUACAGCUUUGAGUGGAACCAGGAGCUCCAAACUGUGACUGUGGAAGCCUACAAUAGUCUGGGGAGCUCCACUAACAACAUCAACAUGACGCUGGAGAGGCAGCCCAAACGCCGUUGUGUGCAUUCGUUCCGCGUGCUGGUUAUCAACAGCACCUGUGUGUCUCUUUCCUGGAGCCUUCUGGACAACAGCUCUGUGCCUCUGUUCAUGGUGGUCCAGUGGUUUCCACAGAGGCAACAGGAGUCUGAUCAUCACAAAGUCCAGAGUGGAGAAACAUGGGCCAGACUUCCCUACACUGACCGUCCCAUCUAUCUAAGAGGUGAUUUCUUUGGCUCUGAGGAAUAUGGCUUCUACCUGUACCCUGUGUUUGCUGAGGGAGAAGGGGAGCCAGCGUACACGAUGGCCACCAGAGGAGACCCUGCAGCCUACAUGAUGCUGAUGAUCAUCUCCUUCCUUUCAAUCGUCCUGUUUGUCACUCUGAUCCUCUCCCAAAACCAGAUGAAAAAGUUUAUGUGGAAGGAUGUACCCAACCCCAACAAGUGCUCGUGGGCAAAAGGACUAGACUUCAAAAAGGCGGACACCUUUGACCCCCUGUUCCAACCCCCAGAAGGCCUUCCAUCCUGGCCACUGCUGCUGCCCUCUGAGAAAAUCUCCAAAGUUGUCAUAGUUGACAAAGUUGACCUCUCAGCUCUGACCACAACCCUGGUCCAAACCCCACUAUUGUCCCUGAAUAGAGACCCAGCCACUGCCUUAGCAAUCUCCCUUCCUUCAGGGUUUGACUCAGAGGUUGACCAAACCCGGUUCACAGAGAGUGAAGUGCUGAUGGGUGGAGCUUCUUCCUUAGCUCUUAACUUGGAUGCUUUAGCAAGUUCACACUCAAGUAUAGAUGAGUUACAGCCAGUCGAUCCCCCUGCAGACCAGCCACCAGGUAGCACAGACAGCUCUGCCCAGUCUUCAGUCACAUAUGCCACUGUGCUGCUCUCUAAUCCAAAGCAGGAGCAACAGCCCAUUCAUCUCCACUACAAGGAUGGAAGUGGCAGCAGCUCCAGUGACGAGGGCAAUUUCUCUGCCAACAACUCUGACAUUUCAGGAUCUUUCCCAGGUGGUCUGUGUGAUCUGGACAGCUGCCGGGGUGGGGACAUGGACGACCCGCGGCGCUCCUGCUCCUACAACUCUGUGGAGGAACUUUCCGAAACAUCGGAGCAGGAAGAUGAAGGGGAGGUGAGAGAUGAGAAGGACUUGUAUUAUCUAGGAAUGGACUAUCCAGCGGAGGAUGAGGAGAGUGAAGAAGAUGAGGAACACAGAGAAGAGGAGACAAAAACUGAGCUGCUGAAAAAUGUAGUUUUGAACAGAGAAGACUGUUCUGUGGAGUCACACCCUCUGCUCGGUCUCGAGGACUCGAGCGAGCCCACGGAGCUGCUGUCAGUGUCCACGUGUGGUUUUUCACCGUUGUACCUGCCUCAGUUCAGAACUGUUCCAUGCACAAGGCAACUACAAGACAGCAAACCCCAGGUGUGACCCUCAAACGAACUGCAUGGAAAUGAAAAUGUGCACCAUUAAAUCCGUUGUGUUGUGAAUUGUGUCAUGAUUCAGCAUUUACCAAAGCGGAUUUUCAUCGGUUCCUUCAGACAUAGUGAGGUGUGGAGCUGGAAAAUGUGAAAAUACCUCGACUUAUGUGUGACUGCAAAUUGAUAUUAAUCAACGCUGCUAUUGUGGUCUGUUGGAAAAGACAUCAGGAGGGCACAAGUCUCAUUCACAGGCAUUUAUUUCUUUCUUUAUGGGGCUUUAAAACCCCAAAUCUACUGUGCCACACUUCUCCUCUGCAAUUGUGCAGUAUUGGUUUUUGAUGCAAGAGUGAGUGCUGAGAAAAAUGAGCUCACCUGUUUUCAGUGGAGGUUAGGCUAGUGGAACAAUGUACAGCUGAUGGUCAAAGAGAGCAGCAAGCAGACUGUACAAGCAGUAUAUUGGUCAUCAGGAAGGGAGUGAUUUGGGAGGGAGGCAUCUUGUGGCUUCAAACAUCCUAUACAUGCAGAAUAUUUCACAGGUGGGCAUACAUUAAAUGCAUAUGAAAAUAUGUAGGAAAUGCCAUGUGUGCCUACAUUCACUCAUCUGCUCCUAUCGUAAUGUGGAAAGCAUAUCUUUCAUUCUCUGCUGAAUUCUUUCAGCUGCAUUUUAAGCGAAACAUGAAAGAGGUUCAAAGAGAAUAAAUAAACGCACAGGGCAGCGAGAGAUAAAAGGACCAUAGUCUGAGCGGUUUGGGCUUUCUCAAAGCACGUGUGACUGUGAAGUGAGGGCAAAAUUUGGGUGUCACUUCAGAGCUGGUGGUGUGACUAAAUAAAACCAGAUGAUAAUGACAGCAAUUGUAGUCAGUGAGUAACUGCAGGUGAUUUAUGAGCGCAGAAUUUACCGCAUUCAAUGGCAGCUUGCACAUCAACAUCUGCAUUGACUUACUCACCCACCAACCCAAAGAAUGUCUACUUGUACUUUGUGCUGUAAUGUAUUAGAGACUCUGUUACAGUAUGUGGAAAACGUGAUAUCUAUUUUUUCUGUGUUUGGUCAUUAACAUAAACACCUACUGUCUGGUGUAAAUUGAAGACAAAAGAAUGUAUAUUUGAAACCAGAGGAAACUAUUGGAAUUAUCGUUGACAAAUUGUUAUUGUAUAUGAAGAUCUUUUGUCUGUUUUUCUCUGUGAAAAUAAAGUAUUUAUUGUGA